AUGAGUACACCCCGAGGCUGUUGCGCCCGUUGCGCGCAUAUUAAACAACGAUGCGAUGGCGAUUCACCCUGUUCACGCUGCAAACGUUUAGGACAUGCCUGCAAGCCCCGAUUUCUAGAUGAGGAGUCAGCCUUGUCUCGCGGAUCGCCGGCGCGCCGGCCCCGUGCAUCGCGGUCCCGAGGCGGCUGUUUGCCCUGCAAGACAAGAAAGAAGAAGUGCGAUGAGAACCGCCCCAAGUGCAGCGACUGCCGCCGCCUGAAUCUUCCCUGUGAGUGGCCUGCCAGGGCUAUCGAUGUUGAAGCGCACAGCCCAGACCUGAAUGAUACUUCCUCACUUCUAUCCGUUGCCACCGUGUCUGCUGAUGCCGUUCCGAUUGACGAUUCCGACGGCGGUCCGCCUGCGCUCAGCCCCAUUACCCCUUAUGACGAUGAGGAGUUUAUUGUCACGCUCUUUCCCCAUCCCUUGCCAAAGAAGAACGCUCUACCCUUGUCAUUGGAUCGAUCUCCCAUCUCUGCGAAUCCUCAUUUGCGGACGGAAGAAGAUCGGUCACUCUUCAACCACUAUAUCCAGGUCGUGUCUAGAGCUUUAUCGCGCUCUCAGGAUGGAGAUCGGAACCCAUUCCUGGUCACUCUUUUGCCGCUAGCUGCAGUUUCGGAUACAGUUACCAGCGUUAUUUUGAGUUUGAGUGGGUGCCAUUGGAAGAGAGUCUAUCCGACAAUCUGGGGGUGCGCUUUGACCAGACAAGGCAAAGCUUUGACACAGGUCAACAAGUUGCUAGGUUUCUCAGACCGCCAAUCGAUAUUCGAAGCUUGUGCUACGGUACUUUUACUAUGUCUUACGGAAUUGUUUGAUGGUACAUCUCGUGUCUGGAAAUGGCACCUGAAAGCCGCCAGCGCGAUAUUGAAGUCCCCUGCAUUCCAAACUCUGAUCCCAUCUGAUGAAUGGACAUUCUGCCUAAGUCUCUUCCACUAUCUCGACGCUAUGUCAACCAUCUCUCGUUGCAAGGCACCCUUGUUACAGAGCAAUGAUAGCAUGACGGAUCUAACAAGCUCAUUACGACGAAGCAGUGUCCCCGAUCUCGACAAAACCCGAUCAUUGGAUGCAAUUUACGGUAUCUCGCCGGCGCUGUUUGACUAUCUUGGGAUGGUCAAUCUGUUAGCGAAUCACAGGAGCAGGCGUGUCGACGAGCUAUCUGAAGUGGGGUUCAGAGCUGCGGCGGAUCAUCUUGAAGACCGGAUUGAUGAUUGGCGCGCUGAUUAUGACAGCAAGUCCUCUGCGGAUUUGGACCGCGAUACGGACCGCGCUACUACUGCCUUUGAAUGGGCAAUUAGACUUCGGCUGCAUCAGAUUGUGGAAGGAUAUGAUGUCUUGCAUGAGUUUGUAGAACGCUGCGUUGGUACUAUUCUAGAGUCUGUGCAGCGGAUUCCGUAUGCAAGCAGAGUGGAGGGGUGUCUCUUAUUCCCACUCGUCAUUGCUGGGUCCAGCAGUAUCAGCGUUGAGCGGCGAAUGAUUGUGAAGGAGAGAAUCAUGGUGAUGGAAAAUACCUUGGGAUUCAGUCACAUUCAUCAUGCUCGUCAACUACUGGAGACAGUUUGGAAAGGGGGGAACAGUCCGUCAGAUCUGAACUGGGCUGCUGUGAGAUACAGUCAAUUCCCCGGUGUAGUAUUUAUAUAA